AUGGAGCGUUGCGAAAGCCCUCAAAGUGAUUGCUUUUCAUUUCCGAGAGACGUGAAAAUUUCGUAUCGUCACUCAUUGGUCCUUGUGAGCGAUUACGGACAUUUACGAAUUCAAAUGUUCGACUUGGAGACUCGAAAAUAUGUGAAUUGCAUUCCACUGUCGCAUCAUCCACAAUGUCUUGAGCUUGAUUCUAAUGAUUUGGAUUCUGUGGUGAUCACAUUAAGUUAUAGCCAUGUUUGUAAAUUUCGAAUGUUGGAUCGAAAUGAGAUUUCAUUAAGAUGGCAAAUUGGAGUUUCGAAUGAAUCGAAUCAUGCCAACGAAAUUAUUGAUGAUGAAAUUCAUCAAGACAAUCCUGCCGAGUCCACAAAUGGAAACACUCUUUUCUAUUAUCCUAUGGGAGUAACAGUUCUUCCAAAACGAAAUAACUUUGAACCCAGUGAUAUUUACGUUUGUGACAGUGGACACCAUCGAAUUCAAAUCAUCAACUCUCUGGAUGGAUCAUUCAUUCGAAGCAUUUCCAUGACAUGUGAGUUUUCUCCACUCCACCAUGGCAUGAAUAUUCAUUCAUCGAUUCAUGAACCUUGGUCCAUUGCUAUUUUGCAAAACAAUUUCGCAUCAUCAUCAUUGAAUGGAGAACCUCAACUCAUCAUUUCUGAAUAUUGGAGUUCAAACCUCAAGAUUCUUUCUCGGAAACUCAUUCCACACAAUGGCCACAUGGGAAGAGUCGUGGAGCGUUGGGAAGUGAAAGGUCGAAUGUCCAUACUCUUGGAAGAAGAAUCGUCAUGGACCUCAAUGAAUCCAUGGACUCGCCAUGAAAGGACUCACCAAACCUCUCAGCAGCAAGUGCAAUCGCAAUCGCAAUCUCAACAACAACAACAACACCCUGAUUAUUUUGUCUGUCCCAUGGGUCUCUGUGUGGAUCGUGCCUCAGGGAACAUUAUUGUGAGUGACUCGAUGAAUCAUCGUCUGUUGGUGUUUAAUUCUUCAAAGGGUGAGUGGAUGAAAAGUUUUGGAUCGUUUGGGUUAAAUCCUUGUAAAAGUAGUAGUACUCGUAGUGGUGGUAUCAAUGGUGAGAAAAUGUAUGCUCCAUUUGGAAUGUGUGUGAAUGAAUGGACGGGUGAACUGUUUGUUGUAGAUGAAAAUAAUCAUCGAGUGUUAAUCUUUGAAUAA